UUUUUCUUGUUAUGUCAACCUCAUUUCAUUAAAUUAAAAUAUUCAAGAGAAUCUCUACAAAAAUUUGUAAACAAAAAGAUAGUAUUAUUAAAUUACCUUGAUUAACUUUAGAUUAAAGUGUACCAUAAGUUACUAACUGAAAUAGGUUAUAUCAAUUCAGAUAUAGAAACAAUCAAGUCGAAACUCAGAGUAGCAUGAAAACUGUUGAAAAGAGCACUGACACUGUUGAAACUAUUUCAAAUGGAAUCUCUAAGGGCCCCAUUGAGGAAAAGAAAAGAAAUAAUGGUCUCAUGAAAUUAUCUAACUAUGUGUUAGCUUUACGUCCGUGGUCUCUCAGUGCAAGUCUCAUGCCUACCUUAUUAGGUUCUACAAUAGCCUAUAAAUAUCCUGGCGAAGCAGAUUUUAAUUAUUUCACGUUGUUACUCACUGUAAUAACUGUUGUAUCUGUACAUGGUGCUGGAAAUGUGGUCAAUACAUAUUUUGAUUAUGUAAAAGGUAUUGAUAACCGAAAAUCUGAUGAUAGGACUUUGGUGGAUCAUAUUCUAACUAAAGAUGAGGUUGUAUCUCUCGGAGCAUAUUUAUAUUUUGCUGGUUGUAUUGGUUUCAUCCUAUUGGCAAUACUAUCUCCAGCGAAAAUGGAACAUUUAGCCUUAGUAUAUUUUGGAGGUUUAUCAUCUAGUUUUCUCUACACAGGGGGUAUAGGGUUUAAGUACAUUGCAUUAGGUGAUGUAUUGAUAUUAACCAUAUUUGGACCUAUUUCUGUUUUAUUUGCUUUCAUGUCUCAAACUGGAUAUGUAGAAUGGUCCACAAUGUAUUAUGCUAUACCAUUAGCUCUCAAUACAGAAGCUAUUCUUCACAGUAACAAUACUAGAGAUUCAGAAGCGGAUAAUAAAGUGGGUAUUGUAACUUUAGCAAUUAUUAUAGGUCAUACAGCAUCGCAUGUGUUAUAUGCAUUUCUGCUAUUCACCCCCUAUAUAAUGUUCAUGGUAGCUUCCUUGAAGUAUUCUAAGUGGUUCAUGAUACCUCUUGUGACAUUGCCAAAUGCUUUUAAAAUUGAAAAACAGUUCAGAUCGAACCAUAUGCAUAGUGUACCCAAGAAAACAGCCAAAUUAAACCUGUUCUUUGGCAUUUUAUAUGUCUUAGCUUGCAGUAUGGUGACAUCUCUCCCUUACAUCACAAAAAGAUAAUUUUAUUAGGUUAAUUGUAAUUUAUGUAGGAACUUUUUUUUCAAUUUUGUGAACAUAUCAGGGAAUUCUUCUACUUGACACGAAAUAUUAUUGUCAGGUUAAGGUUUGGUUGAAGAGAUAAAAAGUUUAUAUCAUAUUUAAUAUAGAAAUUGCUUACAUGAU